CUUCCCUUGAUCUCUUCAUAAAAGAAUCCAAAGGGGAGGGAAAAAAGAAGAAGAAGAAGUUAACAAUCAUGGGGAGCUCAAAUGAUUUGCGGGUUUUGGAGAUUACGGUGAUUUCUGGGGAGGAUCUAAGUAUAAAUCGAAAACAACCAGUCAAGAAAAACGCCUUCGUGACCAUCAAAACCGACUCGUUUAAGGAGCAAACGACAAAGAUGGAUAAAGAUGGAGGCGGCUAUCCUGCAUGGGAUGAGAAGUUCGUGAUGGACAUGCCCAUGCAUGCACGUUAUUUCACGGCGGAAGUUCGAUGCAAGACUGCUGCCGGAAGCAGAAUUGUUGGGACGGCAGUGAUUCCGGCUUCUGAUUUCUUGGGAGACUAUGUUCCCGAGAAUUAUCUGCACUUUUUGAGUUACAGGUUGUGGGAUUCUCACGGUGAAAGGAAUGGGAUUCUUAAUCUUUCCGUUAGGGUUAAGAGUUCGUCGAGUGUCAAGAAUGCGUAUGGCGGCGGUUGCAGCAGCCACUCCGCUGGUUGCUCGCGUCCCUGGUCCAGGAUUGCCGUGGGUGGUCAGCAGGUUUCCAACGGCGAAGGAGUCGUAACUGGUAUUCCAGUUUGGUCAUAGAGUCAAAUAGUGGUGAUUUUCCUUUCUUUUCCAAUUUUUCCCACCUGGCAUGGGUUGGACUGACAAAUUGUACAUAAUUGGUUAAGUAUGACUUAACAUUUUAAUCU